AUGGCGCUUCUUGGUCUCGCACUGACAAUUGUGCCACAAGCUUCUGCCACUCGUCCCGUGCACGGGCAUCGAAAUGUUCAUCUCCAUCGCCAGCACCACGACGAGGCCAUGCGGAUCCCAGGCCACCGACAGCACAAUACAAUCAAUUCGGAGACUGCGCUUGUCGACCCGACCCCGACCCCGUACAAAGCUGGGGAAGGAAUUAACGAUAAACCCCCUCAUACAGCCAUCAUUCCGCCAGUCCCCGGCCCACAGGAUCCCGUGCCCGCAGCAUCGAAGCUCCCGCCAUUCGAGCAAUUCGCAUCGCGCACCGCUCCGCUAGAUCGAAGCUCCGGCGCAGGCAGUGGCGGUGGGUACGAGCCCUACCCACCCAAUCGCCAACUGGAGGUCCCGGCCUUCGAGGAGUCGUUCGAGACGCGCACCGCACCACUGGAGCGCAGCUCAGGUGCAGGCAGCGGUGGUGGGUACGAGCCAUACCCACCUAAUCGACAGCUCGACAUCCCCGGCUUCGAGGAGUCCUUCGAGACGCGCACCGCCCCAUUAGAGCGCAGCUCAGGUGCAGGCAGCGGCGGUGGGUACGAGCCAUACCCACCCAAUCGGCAACUCGCGCUCGCGCACAACGCUGCCCUCGCGUUCUUUGUUUCCGCCAUUGGCUUCUUCUUCCUCUCGCUGAUCUGGAACCUCUACCUUCAGGUCGGGCUGGCGAGGAAUCAGGCCAAGAAGAUCGAUGGCAAUGCCAUCGAGGCGAUGCGAUUGGGUGGUCCUCCUGCGCCUUUGGGAUUUCUGGGGAGAUUCGGGACCUCCCGUGGCGAGCAUGCCGCUGACGGUGUCGCUGCUGCGAAGGGAGGUGAAGGCGCCUGGCUCAGAGGAGCCAAUGCAAAUGCGCCUGCGCCGGCCGCAUCGGUGGCUGCUUAG